AUGUCGACCAGCAAGAGACUGCCUACAACUUCUGACUUCCCGUCCAACUGGACUUUGACCGUCUCUCCUCGUAAGUUUCGUACUUUGCCCUCAUGGCGUGACGUUCAUAUCCACUGUCACAAACCGUUCAUUCACCGCCUCAUCCUGCAUGCGCCAGGACCACGUCGACAUCAUAUCCCUCAGCUAACACAUCACUCAGCUCCGAGCUCGCAACGACCAACGAACAUCCUCAUUCUCCUUCAUGGCUUGGGCGAUGCCCAUCUUCCUUUUGCCCAGCUUGGAUCCCAGAUGAAUCUUCCCGAGACAGCAUGCAUCUCUAUCAAAGCCCCUGAACCUCUUCCCUUCGAAGCUUCGUCUUUCCACUGGGGUGACGAUGUCAUAUUUGACAACACGGUCGGCACUAUAGACCCUGACGGUGGCUUCAAGAAGGUUGUUCCAAGACUUAUCAAGGAAAUUAUCGAAGACACUUUGAUUAAGAAAUGUAGUUAUCAACCUCGUGAGUUGAUGCUCUUUGGAUUCGGCCAAGGUGGUAUGGUAGCUCUCAACACUGCAGGUAGGUCAUUAUUUCACGAACAGAAUCUGGACAAACUUGACACGUCUCCUANNGUAAGUAUGGAGAAAGAGCUAGGCGGCGUCAUCAGUGUCGGCGGCCCUUUGCCCAGUGAAGUUCCUGCUUCUCUCUCUCCGAAAUGCAAGACUCCAACCUUGGUUUGCUCAGGCAAUGACAGUCCUUGGGUCAAUUCAUCGGCCGAAGACAAGUUGAAGGCAGUAUUUGAGUCAGUUCAGCUCAACCGCUACAAGAGAUCUGGAGACACAAUGCCUAGGAGUCGCGACGAGAUGUAUCCCAUCAUGCAAUUCUUUGCUAGGCGUCUCAAGAGCUCUGCAGGUGUGCCAGAAGGCAGUGUUGAGCUGACAGCUUGA